AUGCGCCGCCCCACAUGGCCACCUUCGGCUGCACAUGCAGUCUCGACGGCGCCGGCGGGUUCGGCUGCACAUGCAGUCUCGACCAAGCCGGCGGGUGGACAUGCAGUCUCGAAGGCGUUGGCGGGUUCGGCUGCAGAUGCAGUCUCGACCAAGCCGGCGGGUGGACAGGCAGUCUCGAAGGCGCCGGCGGGUUCGGCUGCAGAUGCAGUCUCAACGGCGCCGGCGGGUGGACAUGCAGUCUCGACGGCACCGCAGCUGCCUGGGCACCUGAAACGACAGAUGCAUCUGAUCAGCGGGCUUCCAAAAGCGAAGCCGAAGAUUGUGAGCUGCUAUGUGACUUCUUCGGACUCUGAAGAGACACCGUCCCCGACAAAAGAGGAGCCGACAAAAGAGGAGAUCCUUUCAAGAUACAAUGAGCUCACCGCAGACUGCAGUGAAUCGGAUGGGUAG